AGGAUGUCUCUAUUGUUUCUUCUUCACUCUUUUUGCCACAAUCUCUGUUCCAAGAAUCGCGAGUAUGGCGACCACACUUCAUUGUCUCUCCACACUCCAUCUUCUUCCUCGCACUCAUCACCCUAAAACCCUAAACUCUCUCAAACCAAUCACCACCAAAUCACAACCAUGUAAAACCCCAGAAAUACCCUCCACUCCCAACGCUCUUCAGCUCCUUAAAUCAUCCUCUCUCCCUCUCGCAGUCAUCGCAUUGCCUUUCUUCCUCGACCCACAGGAUGCAGCAGCAGCUGGAGGAGAAUUCGGAAUAUUAGAAGGGAGAUCAUUUGCGUUGAUACACCCAAUUGUGAUGGGAGGUUUAUUUGCAUACACUCUUUGGACUGGUUACUUAGGUUGGCAAUGGAGACGUGUCCGUACGAUACAGAGUGAGAUUAGUGAUCUCAAGAAACAGCUUAAACCAACUCCUGUUUCCCCUGAUGGUUCCACAGCCGUUGAUUCUUCGUCGCCUCCUUCUACGACUGAGCUUCAGAUCCAACGGCUAACUGAAGAGAGGAAAGAGUUGGUCAAAGGGUCUUACAGAGACAAACACUUUGACGCUGGCUCUGUUUUGUUAGGUUUCGGUGUUUUGGAAGCUGUCUUUGGUGGUGUUAACACUUAUCUUCGUACUGGUAAACUCUUCCCCGGUCCUCAUCUUUACGCCGGUGCAGGUACCUUAAACCUAUCUCUCGUCUUAUUUUUCAUUUCCUUGAUUUUAGGUUCUAAUUUAUCAAAGUGUGUAAUCUUGGGUUGCUUAGUCAGGUUUUGGCUUGGUCUGAUGUGGUUUAAGUUUUGAUCAGAACUUUGGAUUUUAGUUAUAUUGGUAUAAAUAGUAUUGUGCCAUUUCAAAAGUUACCAUUCAUCACAACUAUGAGAAAAAAUGUGGUUUAUAUUUGUUAUUGGAUGUACAAAACGUGUCACAUUUUGUGUUCAUGGUGGUGGUGGUGGCAGGAAUAACGGUGUUGUGGGCGGCGGCGGCAGCAUUGGUGCCGGCAAUGCAGAAAGGGAACGAUACGGCGAGGAGUCUACAUAUAGCGUUGAAUGCAGUAAAUGUUCUUCUUUUCAUUUGGCAAAUCCCAACAGGUCUUGAUAUCGUUCUUAAGGUCUUUGAGUUCACUAAAUGGCCAUAGAUAUUAAUAUUUGGAUGUGUUAUUUAUGAGUUUGUGACUCUAUAUAUGCAAAUAUUCUUCAACUUUUUUUGAGGUUUGUAGAUGAUGAAUUGUAAAAAUCAUGCAAUUAGAGUGGAUAUUGGAAUAAUGGUGGAAAAACGAUCAAUAAUACUCUUUUACCAGUC